GAGUGCAAUCAUCCUUUUCUUUUUUUCUUUCUUUCUUUUUUUUUUCUUUUUUCGAGUCCGUCUCUGUCGCGGGGAAGAUGGAGGGCACGGCGUACGGAGCGGGCAGGGCCGGAGGAGCCUUCGACCCCCUCACCUUCCUCCAGCAGCCUCACACCGUCCUGCGCAUGGUCUCCUGGCUUUUCUCGUUAGUAAUAUUUGGCUGCAUUGCUAACGAGGGCUACGUGAACAGGCCCGAUGAGGUGGUGGAGUACUGCGUCUUCAACAGGAACCAGAACGCCUGUAACUACGCUGUAGGUAUGGGCACGCUGGCCUUCAUUUGCUGCAUGGCCUUCCUGGCCCUGGAUGUGUACUUCCCCCAGAUCAGCAGCGUAAAGGACCGCAAGAAAGCUGUGCUUGCAGAUGUUGGGGUGUCAGCGUUUUGGUCCUUCAUCUGGUUUGUGGGCUUCUGCUUUAUGGCCAACCAGUGGCAGGUGGCAAAACCUGAAGACAAUCCACUGAAGGAGGGCGCAGACGCCGCUCGCGCCACCAUCACCUUCUCUUUCUUCUCCAUCUUCACCUGGGCAGCCCUUGUAUACUUAUCUUUGGAAAGGCUACAAUCUGUGAAUUUUGAAGAAGAAUACCUCAAAUUGUUCCCUUCCCAGCCCCACCAGUCUUAUCUCUAACACGCUAACACACUUGCACAGGCUUAUAUCCCGGUUUAUUUUGUAAAAUGACUCAUUUUUAAACAAUGAACUAUUUUGAUACGCGUCUGCCCUUACAUUUAAGUGAGCAGUGUGCGGUAUUUCAAUUUCUGCCAACGCUCAUGUCACGUGCAUAUGAAACUUCUCUAGGGGUGUUCACACGGCACAUAUUUGCAUCGAUGCUGCACCGAUGUAUUUUGUUGCGAUGUAUCUUACACCGGUGUAAAUUUUGUGGAGUGUUCACACGUCACAAACCUGCUUACUAGAGAGAAGCGUGUUAGCACCGGUGCAGCCCCACUUGCGUUCACACGGCAGUUUUUGCGACCGUGGUAUACGAUAGUAAUAAUGCGGAAAUGAAAUAUGCGCAUGCGUGAAAACGUACUUCCUUUUCCCGGUUGUCAUGGCAUCACCAAGCGCCGGGAAAACAACGUGGAUGAAGACACCGGUGUUGCCAGAUACUGCUGACGUUUUCCAGCCCAAAAUAUGUUCAGAUCCACCAAAAUGCACUUAAAACCGCCCAAUCUGGCAACACUGGAAGACACGCAGUUCUGUUGUUGUUGAUAUUCGCCAUUUUGGAAGCGCAAAAUACCAGGAUGCAAAUUAUGCAAUGCCCGUAUGUAAUCAACUCUCCUGAUGCGUAGCGAGUCUACCCCUGUAGCGUUCAGACGUCCCAUUUUAUAUCGGUGCUGCCCCGCAAACUAGCAUUUACUCCGGAAUAAAUCUGUGAAACCACCUCCCGAGCAGGGUUAGAUUUGCACCGGUUUAAGCAGCUUUCAGGGGCUACACCGGUAUAACUUUGUACCGUGUGAACACUCUACCGGGGCAACCCCGGUGCUACACCGGAGUAAAAGUUGCCGUGUGAACACCCCUUCUUAUUUUGGACUGAGGGCAGACUGGAUGCUAUACUGACUCAUUAUUGCCUCUUGUGGUACAGAGUGGUAUUACAAGACGAACGGGUUUGUCUCUUGGCUGGCUGGUUGGCUGGCAUACUAACUUCAGUUGAUAUCUCUGCAACACAGUACAUCAGCGUCUUUGACAUAACACCAAAACUGUUAAUUCUUCAUUCUGUUGCGAAUUUUAGUUACUUUUUAAUGCUUUAAACUAACAUUCUGACAGAUUCUCACAUAUAGCACCUACGUUCGUAAAUGUUACUGAAAUAAAUAAGGGUGUAAUUCAUGUAAAAUUGAAUUAACGUACCAGUUAUACUCUAUGAUUUGAAGCUGAUCAGUUGGAAUUCACUUUACUUCGUCUCCUUGAUCGUAACUUUAAACAAGUGCUGCCAGGCAAAACAAACCUCGCCCAGCUGCACUUAUUUUAUACCUGUAUGUUGAUAAUGGUAAUAUUUCUCAAUCAUCAGCUGUCUGGUUAGCCUGGCAAGCCAGACUAAAUGUGAAUAUUUAGUCUGGCCUCGAUCCGUAGACAUUUCCGACGGGGAUGGGAGGAACAAACCGCUGUCUUUCAAACUGUCUCUGUGCGUAUAGGCCAACGCUCUGACCAAUCAGCGCAACAGUGACUGUGAUGUAGUCAUAGCGACAGAAAGCAGUGGGGGAGACCUUGAAAUAAAUAAUUUUUCUAAAUGCGUAUUAAUUAAUAAACAGGUUCUAGAUAUUAAGAAGUUUGGAGAUAAUGACCACAAGUUUGGAGUCUUUACCACAUACACUCAUUUUUUUUUCCAAGUGUUUUUCAAGGGUUUGCUUAAACUGUUUUUGAGAGUUUUUAUUUAGUGGUGUUUGGUGAAAUAAUUUCCCUUAAAUUUAAAAUAACGGGAAAAUAAGAAACAAUCAAAAAGUAAUGUUUCAAAGCUGUUUAUUAAUUCCUCGUACUGCACAAACUAGCCCCAUCCUUUUGGCUACGAGCGGAGCCAGCUGGUAGAUCAGACUUUUGCCAUAGCCGGUCGGCAAAACAGCGAAAACGUCCUUCUUGAAAAGGAAUGAGCGGAGAGCCUCUUCCUGCUCAUGUUUCAACAAAAACUCCAAGUCUAAUUCUUCUAAAACUGAUUCCAAAGCGGAGUCAAACUUGCGCUGUUCACUAGCCGUAGCCAUCUUUCCUGCUGCGCUUUCUCCAGCGUCACGCAGCUUUGUCGUCACUCCUGCAAAAGCCCGCCCAAAGAAUCCAAACAAAAACCUUGCGUUGUGAUUGGCGGGCACGAUUUGAUGCCCGGGGUGUUUUUGUUUAUAUGGUGCGAGGCUAGACCCAUUCGCUAGGCAAAAAUAUUUUUGGCCGCUAGGCGGGUGGGUCUAGUUUACUAGGCUACUGUCUGGUGAUAGUCCUAUGAAAAUCCAUGGCCUUGAGUUUGACAUUUCAGAGUCAUUCAAGGUCAAAGGUCAUGGUGCCAAAUGAAAACCCAUAUGGCACUUCAUAUAAGUUGAUCAUGGUAAAUAUCUGUCGACCAUCAACUGUUUUCAAGUGACAGCCCUCUGAAAAUCUGUGACCUUGAGUUUGACCUUUCGUGGUCACUCAAGGUCAAGGAUUAUGGUGCCAAAUGAAAGGCCAUAUGGGAAUUUCUAUAUACUCACAAUAGUAAACAUUUGUCUAUCAGCAACCGUUUUUGAGUUAUCAUGGAAAAUGUUAUUUUGACCGAAAGGUUGACCUAUCCGGUGACCUUGACCCAAUUACCCCCAAAAUUUAAUCAGGUAAUCAACGGACGAUUGCCCACCUACUUUGAAAAUUUGAAGUCAAUCAGUGCAACCGUCUAGACGCUAGAUUGUUAGCAGACACACAAACAAACAAACAAACUGAUGGGGCGUCGUGGCUCAGGUGGAUAAGGCGCCAUACCAUAAAUCCGGACCCGGGUUCGAUUCCGGCCCGAGGUCAUUUCCCGAUCCCUCCCCGUCUCUCUCUCCCGCUCAUUUCCUGUCUCUACACUGUCCUAUCCAAUAAAGGUUAAAAAAGCCCCCAAAAAAUCUUUUAAAAAAAAAAAACUGAUUACAAUACCGCGGGCGAGGUAACAAACUCCGAAGCUCUUGUUGGACACGUUUUUUUUCUGAACUAACUGGAGUUUCAUGAAUACAUGAAUUCUUUUUGUCAAUGCCCAUGCAUGCAAAUGAUUCAUGAAUAAAUCUGUUUGUCUUCCAGUUUGAUCAAUGAAAGCCAUUCAGCCAUGUUGUUGUUUUUUUUAAGUUAAAUCUUACUGCGUUUGUUAAUCAUAAGUUAAAAUGAAUUCUGCUUCACAUAAACAAGGUUCCAUCUUGUUUUAUAUGUAUGUAUUUGCCAAAAUACACACACAACUCUUGCUUAAUUGCCUCUUCACGUUGUACUGCGCUAAUUGCUGCACUGUACUAAUGACGCUCUCACUUUUCUUUCUCUCUCCCGGUCACAUAUUUACACCAACUCCUUCUUUGCUUUGCUUUGCUUUUACUUCCACCCCUUUUGUUUCAAUUUCUUUCAUGGAUUGUGGAUUGAAAUCCAUUAUCAUUGUUGAUUCCUCAUUUGUUACGCAAUGAAUUAACACCACUUCCAUCAUUUUUCAUUUUUUUUGCUUCCAACCUAUUCCGCUUGCUAUUCACUACCCUUUCCAAACCAAAUCCCCCAUGGCCAGGCAGGACAGUCCUUCCUGGCUUUCCAGCGCUUUAACUUGGGGGCAGAUUCGGCACUGUUCUCGCAGGACUACACCGACCCGAGCCAGGACGC